AUGACGCGCACCGAGCCCACUCAACAUUCUUCCUCUUGGGAGACGAAGAGCAUCACCGCCACUGACGAUGGGACGGUCGGUCAAGAUGCUCGGCCUAGGGGUCGGAUUCGCCGAUCGAUGACUGCGUGCAAUACAUGCCGCAAGUUGAAGACCCGUUGUGACUUGGAUCCUCGAGGUCAUGCCUGCCGUCGUUGUCUCUCGUUAAGGCUUGAAUGCGAGCUUCCAGAAACCCCCGAUCGCUACCAGGACACCACAUCCAGUUGGUCCGAUGCCAAUGCGGCCAUUCCCUCAAUUGAGGAGAGGCUGGUUUCCCUGGAGCGGGGAAUGGGUGAGAUGAUUCACCUCAUGCGCCAGAUGGUCAAUAAUUCGCCCCGAGAUUGCCCGUCUCGUCAUGGCAGCCGCAAUAACAGUAUAGAUGAGGCUGCUGCCAAUAAUAACGCCCCGGCACCACACGUCACGCUAAAACCAGUCCAAUUUAUUCGCGAUCUCCAAGUCGAAUGCUUCGGGGAAAGAGACCAGUUCUCUACGGAGACUGAGCUUCUGGGAGAUGUGGUCUCCCAAGGAAUUGUAGAUGCAAAAUUAUCAUUGAAAUUGAUUGAGCUAUUUGUGGACUACUUCAGUCAAUGGGUCUCCAUCGAUCAUGCAACAAAUAUUCAGAGGACAAAUCCCCUGCUUUUCAAUACGGCUUGCUUGCUAGCGUCUCGGUAUCUCCCGGGGAUGCCUCCUAAUACUAUUCAUGAGAUUGCCCUCCAGGUGCAGCUUGCUGUCACCAAAACAUUAUGGAGAAAAGCACCCUUGACCGAUGACCUGCUCCAGGCAUUGGCUCUGCUAUGUCUAUAUCCCACAUCUGGACAUAAAGAGGGGUUCAUGGAUGCAUGGUUGCUGAGUGGAAUCGCCAUCAACCAUGCCCUCUCCUCCUUCGGCUUUCUCAAUAACUCCCCUCAUAAGAACAUCCCCUCCGAUGAGAUGCUUCCUCAAAUGCGUCUCUGGAACACCUUCUGCCUGACACACUUGCACUCUGCCCUUGGCUACGGACGUAACGUCAAUGUCCUGUCCCAAUAUUUCGACCAUUGCCCUCUCAUCCUCGAGCACCCACGCGCAACUCAAGAUGACGGCCGGAUAGUAGCAGAGAUCCAACUAUAUCGCAUUGCGCUAAAAAUCCGAAACAAUACCCAGCGCCUCCAAUUCACCGAAACUGAAUACGAAGAAAUCGAACGCUGGAAAAUGGAAUGGUCCCAUCUCCUCUGUAAGCUCCCCAGACCCUCCGUGCAAGCUGAAUUUAUCAUACUAACUCAUCCCUGCAGCCAGCGAAGGCCAAUCCACCCUAGAACUCAGCAUUUGGUUCUGCCAACUCCUCCUUCAACGCACCGCAUCCCGUCUUCAACCCGAGUCCGACCGACUCGCCACCGAGAUCUGCAGCAACGCCCGCCUCAUCAUCUCGCGGUCCAUGCAGACCCGAUUCUCCGCCGCCCCGGCUUAAUCGACCAUGUCUACUACAUCCUGGGCUACGCCGCCCUCACCCUCUGCGACUACACUCCCUCCGACCCCGUCAUCGACCAAGUGCGCGCCUUCCUGCUGCACCUCGCCCCCAGCAGCGACCACCUCUCCUACCGCAUCGCCUACAUCAUCGGCGAGGUGCAGCGGCGCUACGCGGAGCCCACCUCCGCCACGCAGUCCUCGCCUACAAGCGUGGGGCUGAAAAAUGCCAAUGCCAUGUUUGCCGCGCCCGCGGCCGCGCGCUCGGAGAGCCUGGAUCUGACGGCGCUGAUGCCGUCGGGCGGGAGUAUGGAUGGACUGGUGGAAAAUUACGGGUGCUUCGAGCAGCUGAUGCCCGGAUAUGUGGCCCCACAGCCGGCCUUCUCGGCGCCGACGGUUUUCCAGCAUCAUACGGCGCCUGUGAUGGGUGGGGCGAUGCCGGUCAGUCUCGUGCCGAGGGCGUUACAUGAUUUCUGA